UUUCAAAGCAGGAAAUGAGUUGACCUCCCCUGUGGGGGACCAUCCCACCCCGACAACAACCCCCACAGCUUUGAGCAUCAUGGGUCACCACAAGCGCCCACGGAGGGCCUCAGAGCAACAGUAGGAAAAUCUGCCGGCCCCAGUGGCAACAAGUUUAAAUGUGUAAUGGUGCUGCAUGGUUGACUUCUACACUAAGACCAUAAAAGGAAUUUAUAUUAUUCCAGUGUAAGUUUCACCACCAUUACCUUUCAAAGACAAAGCUUUGCAUUUGUGGAGUGCAGUGUGACAACUAACAGGAGUCACAUGGGAUAUCAGUCACUUCAUUGCAUCACAGGAAGUUCAAACGGCUUAUUUGCUAAAAAGUAUGAGUAUUCCUUUAAGCAAACAUAUUAUGUUGGUGAAAGAGGGACCGUUGAUGACUGCAGCAAUAGAAGCACAUGUGGUGUAUUUGUUUUGUGGGUUUGUAAUUUACAGUAGGUAUAUAGGUAUAAGACACUCCUUAAUCCAUAUAUGACCCUAUAAGGAUUUUAUUGGACUAUUAAAACGAUGGAAAAAUUUAACACUGGAAGGAGGGGACGUCACAGGGUCAUUUGUACUUUCAUGAGGUGGUUAUUUUAUUCAGCACUUUACAAUUUGUAAUGUGUCUAUUUGCCCAAGACUUUAUUUGAAUCGUGACCACAGUAAAACGAUCAUUAGGCAUUCUGGAGGAAGACUGUGGGCUCAGUGUGGUCUGUGGACUGGAAGAAUUGCUGCGUUCACUUCCCUGUUAUUUUCUGGUAAAUGGCCUGCUGUAUUGUCCUUCAGCCUCUCUCAGCAAUGGGCGAAGACAAACACAGACAGUGAACUCCUAUGUGACAUCCAGGCUUCAAAACAAGUCCACAUCCACCAUAACUGGGCUGCCAAUCUUAUAUGUGUUCUUCUCUAUCAGUCGCAUAUUGUACUCACGCCAAAAGCCACCCACACACUCUCUGACUCCCACACAGGUCAGUACAAAAUUGUUUACUGCCUUAUGAAGGGCAAUUUCCCAAACAGUCAUCACACAAGGCAGAUACAAUUAUAUUAUUGUAAUUCUGGGCAUUGUUUCUAUUUGAUCGUAACUUUUUGCAUGGGAAAGAUUGUUUGCAAAACUGGAAAUCUGACUGAUGAACAUUAACAGAAACUAUUCUGGAAUACAUCAAAUGUGUAUUCUAUUAAAAGCUGUCAAUAUUAUUGCAAUUAUUUUAUAUGUACAGACUUCCAAAUGUACUGGGAGCGAGGACACACACGAUAACAUCUGCACUUAGUUUAUCUGACCACAGUUGGAACUAAAAUUCGACCUGACUGACAACUUCUCUGGUUCACAGUGCCGGAGGACAUUUUUGGAUCAUUUACUAAAAUCCUGGAUUGAAGUAAAAGCACAGAAAUAUAGCUGCAAAUGAUAUCAACGCGUUGUUGUCUUUUUAAUGAUUAAAGUACAAGCAUCAUUUUAAUGUUGCAGCUGAUUUGAACCUUUUCUGUACUGAUUUGAAUGUUAAACAAGAACAAUGGAUCAUAGCCUACAAACUAUCAUGUGUUUUGUGGAUACAAUUUAAAUUGCCAAACUAAGUGGAAUCAAAACAAAUAAAAUAUAUGACUAAAAUAAAUAAAUAUAUCCACAGAAAAUAGUUGAGUUAAUGUGAAUAUCAAAGUAGCCUAAUAGUGUUUCGUGACACACACAUAUGUUCCACCUCUGCGGGUUUAUAAGCCAUAAACUACUUUUCCUAGUGUUUGGUUUUUCCUAAUGAUUUUUAUCUUUACUUCCCUCUGAGGCGGACUAGGGAGGAGUCACAGUUACGCUGUCGGGGUGCUGGAAGGAUUUAUAAGGAGAUGUGGAAACCCGCGUCACGCUGACAGAACGAGUCUAACCUCCUCGCGCUGUUGUUGACAGAGGAGGGACACUGCACAUGGUUCAGGUUGGACUGAGACCGGAUCCUACGAGCUGCUGCUUUUCUCACGCGGGACCGGAACAGGUCUUUGAACGCAGCUGUACGGGAUGGACACGUUUGCGUUUUAAUGCUUUCUGCUGGCUAGAAUGAAGCCGUGAUGGGUUUGAUGGAGCUGACUUGUGCUCGGAUACCAAACAGGCCUUCGUGCUUUUCAAGAACACAAUUUCUGCCACAAAAUGGCUGGAAGUCAGAAUAACUACUGGGCACAACAUGACCUGGACAGAGAGUGUUUAGGCCCCAGUGUUGACAUGGAACAAAACCUGAAGGAGCUUCAACAACCGCAAAUGUCCAAGGAACUUAACUGCAACAUCUCGCUCUCCCAGACUCCUUUCUAUUCUGACACGUACCGCCUCGCGCCUGAUAACUUGCUUCGGCCGCAUGAGGGAGACCAGGUGGUCCCUUCUUCCCAGAGACGGACGUUGUUUGGGGCCCCCCAGAAGGAAGCCAAACCCCUGCCACCUCUGCCUGACCCUGAGGAGGUCAUGUCUGAUGAGGCCGCCGAUAGCGAGGUGGAGUUUUUUACCAAUGACCAACGCCGCCUUUUGCCCAAAAGCUGUCCAAAGACCAUGUGCAGGGGCAUGACCAGAGGCUUUGGCCAAGUGAAUAACGCCUACCAGGAGAGCUCGUGGCGGGCUGUUGGUACUGGGGCCGACUCCAUCGCUUUCUCGUGGCCAAGCAGAGCGGACAGACCGACCGGUGGAGGAUGCGGGUUUUGGGCACUCGCUGCCCGGAGAGAGGACCAGCAGCAUGUGGCGUCGGCCGUCGGGGACCAACACAGACUUCACUUUCCCUGUUCAGGCCCUGCUUCCCAGCCGCUCCACAGCAUCACCUCAACCUGCCCCACUGACAAGCCCCUCAUCCCUCCUCGUAUCCCCAUCCCGCCAAAGCUUCCCGCUCUCCUCAAGACCGUGUGCGCCAACGAGGAAGACCAACCUCCCAAAAUUCCCCCACGGGUCCCCUUAGUCCCACCCUGCCCGCCACGUAGCCCGAGCCCCAAUAGGCUUCCAAUUUAUAUCAACGGCGUGAUGCCUGCCACACAGAGUUUUGCUGCGAACCCAAACUACGUGAGUAAGGCAUUACAGAGGCAGCAGAACGAAAGGGUGGCACCGGCAGCUCAGUUCUCUCCCUGCAUCGUUCCCAUUUUGAAGGAUGGCAGAAAGGCCAGCGCGACACACUACAUCCUCCUGCCGCCGGGCCGACCGGCGCACCCAGACAGGCGGGAGAGACUCCAGAGUGAACCGACCAGGACGGGAAACAGCAGCUGGCAGAACAGAUAGAAACCAUCACGAAUGUCACCGUCUGAAACUUGAGGAGUACAAAACUGUGACGGACAUUAUUCAUAACCAUGUGGCGCAUCGGACGGAGCGCGUGGAAACGUCUACACGCUCCAGUCGCACGUCUCAUGUCAUAUUAGUGUUAUUUACAAUGAUGUAUUUCAAGAUCACGUAUGUCACACAACACUGUGAGGUUUGUAUCUGUUAUUUAAAAUCUUACCGGUCAGUAUUUUAGGAACAUGAAAUAAUUAUAGCAUUCCAGUAUUUUCACUAAUAGAUGAGAAUAUUUAAAUAACUGUUUUUUAAAUGUUGGUUUCCCCAGACUUUGCAGUUUUUAUGUCUUAUCACUCAUUCACCUUUAAGUCUGACAGCCAUAUGCUCAUAUCACUAAUACUAUACGUCUUACAAGAGAGCUAAUAAUUACUGUACGUACAAGCUGGGCUUGUACCAAACGGAUCAUCCCAGGCAUUUUUUUAUUUAUUACAAUGCUGCUUGAAAUUGUAAGUAUGAUUUAUUGAUAGAUUUAAUGUUUUGCUGAAUAAUUCUCACAUUAAGAUUGAUGUUUUUAACAAUGUGGCCGAUAUUAGCACGACACAACACAAACAAAACAUGCUUUGAACUAGUGACACAAACACUGAUGUGAUAAACCUCUUAACUUUGCUUUCUUUUUAGUGCUUAUGGUUUUUGCAGGCUUUUUGAACAAGCUAAAUGCUUCCUGCAAAAUACAAUAUAAGCCUUUAUUCUUGCAUCAUAUUCUACACAAAGUUGAAUUUAUUUAAAGGAAACAAGAAGAAUUGCCUUACCACCAGAACACAUGACUGAAACCUGCAGCCACCCUCAACAUGAUUGACAGGUCUUUUUUCAUACAUAUGAAGUAAACAAGUGAAUAAUAACUUUACUUUUUCAUACAUAGUAAAAGAAGCUUUCAUUUUCACUUCUGAUGAAUUGUUUUUGUUAUGCAUGUGAUUUUAACUCAAUGUAUUUUAGAAAAAGUACAGAUUGGGCCUUUUAUGAUUCUUUGUGGGCAUGGAAGCCACGUUACGUUUACACUGUAGAGAUGCAGCCCGACUACAACCUUUGUUACAUCAACAGGUUGGAAGUUCUCAUGAAGAUUGUGUCAGAUUUGGCUCAAGCAAAAGCUGUUUAUAAGUUCAUAUUGUUGUUAAUGUAAAAACUAAAUCAUUGUAAAAUUGUUUUUUAAUCUAUUUAUAGAAAUAAAAUAACUUAUUCAUUCUA